CUCCUCGUCGUCUCCGGCACAGUGAUGACCCGGGAGGAUGGAGAAGUUGUCGGCGAGCCUGUCGGAGAUCUCCUGGAGCCCGCUCGCGCUGCCGUUGGACGCGGUGGUCAGCAAGUUCCGUCUGCCCACUCUGGUCCGCCUGGCCCACGGCGAAUGUGUUGAGGGUCUGUCAGAGGAUGACGUGGUUCUGCUCCACUCCUGCCGUCAGUGGACCACAGUGACCGCUCAUAGUUUAGAAGAAGGCCAUUACGUCAUCGGGCCCAAGAUUGACAUCCCUCUACAAUACCAAGGAAAGUUCAAAUUGUUGGAUGAAGACAGAGACAUCAGGGAUCCCGUCCAGUAUUUCUGCAGCGUGGAGGAGGUCGCCGGAGUGUUCCCCGACCGAGUCUUUGUCAUGGAAACAAUCACUUUCAGCAUCAAGGUGGUUUCGGGGGAGUUCAGCGAGGACAGCGAGCCCUACAGCUUCACUCUGCAGGCUGGAGAUGAGCUGUCGCUCAUGGGGAAGGCCGAGCUUCUAUGCGCCACGCCGACCAAGGAAAAGACCGGGCUGAGCGCACUGUUGAGGCGCCUGGGAAAGACUCCCCGAAGUAAAACUCCCUGCCUGGUGUGUAUGAACCAUCGCACCAAUCAGAGCCUCAGCUUGCCUUUUGCCUGCCGCGGACGCUUUUGCACACGCUCCCCUUUGGAGCAAGGCAUGCUGGGGGGAGAGCACACGGUGCGCAGCAUCAUCGAGCGGGUGCGCCUCCCCGUCAACGUGUCGGUGCCGUCGCGGCCGCCGCAAAACCCCUACGACCGCCACGCGGUACGAGAAGGCCACCGCUUCAAGCUGCUCAACAUCGUCAGCAAGACGGUGGUGCUCUGCAUGGUCCUUCGGCGACAGGAAGUGUCGCCCUCCCACUUCCUGCUGCUACGCUGCAUGCCCCGGUUCAACGUGGCCGACGCCUGCGCGCACGCGGCGGCCGUGGAGAGCCUGCUUUUGCGCUACGCCUUCGACCCCGACGCCUACUCUCGAGCUGUGAGGGAAACCCGUCCCGAGUUGGAGUGUAUGACAGAGGAGUGCGUGAGCCCGCGACGAUCGCGCACGUGUGUGUCGGCGCAGGACUCGUUGGCGCCGGCCCUGCAACGGCUGUCAAUGUGCAACUAUGGGGGCGGGGUCUCGGACAGCCUAUCGGAGCGCUGCGGGGACUCUCUCGGGGUCCGGCUUGGGGAGGGACCAGGCGAGGAGAGGGAGUAUGUGACACCUGAGUGGACCGAGGCUGAAAUGAGGACCGCUGAGGAGAUACCUUACGAGGAACUUUGGACCAGUCAGAAUGCGGACGGCCUUGGAAAGGAACCAAACCUCAUUUCUUUCCAUUCCUCCUCCUCAAUGGAUGGGUCGCUGGGCACCGUGGUGACAACAGUGACCGCUCCUCCGCCGGUACCGCCAAAAUCUGAUGCUGUGAGAGAGGAGUGUCGCUACUUGAUUGCUCCUCCAGUCCCUCCUCGUGGCUCUAAAGUGGGCUCCAUCCCCAGCUCGGCUCCCAGCCCUCCUGUCCCCCCUCGCUUCACCAAGGCCUCCACUUGCUCCAGACCUCAUCUUUCCUUCUACUCCUCAGGACUGCAGGACAGCUGCUCGCCCUCUCCAGAUACUUCCCUGUACUGUUACCCUUGUUCCUGGACCGACUGUCCCGCGCCCAACCCCACCAAUCCGGAGCCAGUCUCGACCAUCCCCACUGACAAUGCAACCAACCCUCAGACGGCACAGGCCACCUGGGCCGAGCCGUGGAUGGACUGCUUCAGCGCCGGGCCUCGACUGAGACCUCAGCCGCCGCAAAGUCGCUUUGCGCCUUUCGGUGCUUUGAACCCUUUCAACCGCCAGUCGCCUUGCCCAUCGCCUGAACUGGCGGACAGUCCGGAAUCUUCCAGAGGCGCGGAGGGAGGCGGGACAAGUACAGGCGCGAACGAAGGCUCGGCUGCACCCGCCGACUCGACCUGGCGCCCCCCAGCCGACUUGUCCGCGCUGUCAUUGGAGGAAGUGUCGGCAUGUCUGCGCUUCAUCGGCCUGUCGGAGGCCGCGGUGGCCAUAUUCCAGAGGGAGCGAAUCGACGGCAGCCUCUUAGUUCAACUGACCGAGGACAUCCUGUCGCAUGACUUUCACCUGAGCCGACUCCACGUCACGAAGAUCACCCAAUUCAUACAAGGGUGGAGGCCCAAGAUCUAACACCCACACCAAUUCCCUGUCGACCAAUCCAAAUCACUGCAACAAGUGUGACAUCAUAUGGUUAUCAGUUAGGUAUGAAUAACCCUCCACAAUAAAAACAUAGAAAUUGCACAUCAA